CAACAACGAAUGGAAAUACCACCAAUAUCAAUGGUGAUGAUGAUGAUGAAAUUGUUGUUAAUAAUAAUGAAAAUAUCACAUUAUCAAUUAUGACGACAAAUGUGACAACGACGUCGACGACGACAACGACUACAUCAUCAUCAUUAUCAAUAAAUCCAUUGGAUAAGAUAACACAACGUAAAUCAUUGGAUUAUUUAAAAGAAUUAUUCAAUGAUCGUGAACGUUUAUCAUUGAUGCCAAUUGGUAUAUUUUCACAUGCAUUACGAUUAUUGGAUCAAGAAAUUGUUCGUGUACGUACAUCAUUGAUACAUAUUGAUGGUUCAGCUGAUGAACGUAAACCAUUACAAUUGCCUGAACCGGAUGGUGCCAUUAUACAACGUACUACACGUGUAUCUAUACCGGUUGAUCAAUAUCCAGAACAUAAUUUUGUUGGACGUAUUAUUGGUCCACGUGGUCUUACCAUACAAGAAUUAGAAGUAGAUUGUGGUUGUAAAUUAUAUGUACGUGGAAAAGGUUCAUUACGUAAUAAAGAUAAAGAAGAAAAGUUACGUGGCCAAUCGAAUUGGGAACAUUUAAAUGAAGAUUUACAUGUUAUGAUCGUAGUGGAAGAUACGAUUAAUCGUGCUGAAAUUAAAUUAAACUAUGCACGGGAUCAAAUACAGAAAUUGAUUGAUUCGGUCAUUAUGCAAAAAGAUGAUUUUAAAAUGCGACAAUUAGCUGAAUUGGCUAUUUUGAAUGAUAAAUUUAAUAUGAAAAAAUCAUCAAUUAAAAAUCGUAAUCAACAACAACUGAUGACCAAUGGACACCUUGUAUCAUCAUCAUCAUCAUCAUCUACGGCAUUAUCAGCAGCAGCAACAACAACAACAUCGUCAUCAAUACCAAAUUGUCUGUUGAUUGAUACAACAUCUGGAUCAUUUGUUGGUGGUGGCGGUGGCAGUAGUAAUCAUACAACAAGUCAUCAUCAAACAUCACCACAAACAUUAGCAGCUGCCAUAUUGAAUCAUCAUGCUAAUCAAUUAAUUGGUUCAACAACAUCGCAAUAUCAACCGCAACAACAACCACCACCACCACCACCAUCUUUGUCAACAACCAUACCACCUUCUUCUUUGAAUUUGGAACAAUCAUUAUUUACUACUAAUCAACAAUUACAAUUUGCACAAUUAGCUGCUCAACAACAACAGCAACAAAGAUAUCAAACAAAUGCAUUUAAUACAGAUUUAUUUGCUAUAAUGGCUGCAGCUGCAGCUGCUUCUGGCGGCGGUCUAUAUGGUGGUGGUUCGACGGCAAUAGAUCCAUCCAUAUAUUCAAUUUAUAAUAAUAAUAAUAAUUAUCAAAAUCAACAACGGCAAUCACGUUAUCAUCCAUAUCAUCAUCAUAUGAAUAUGAAACGUAAACAUCACACAGAAUAA